AUGGACCGCUGGACGGAACAUGAAGAACUCAGCCGAAUUGGGAGCGCGCUGAUUCUGAGGACUCUUGGAUUUCCAGGAUCCCCCAGAAUCUGGUCAUCUGGAAUUCCAAAAAUCGCCAUUGCCCCAUACAUCUAUAUCACCGCUGCCUCCCCCGCACCCCGUCGUCGCCCGCCAUCAAUGGUCCGUCGAUUUCUAAUGGAUCGUCGCUCGCGAUAA